CUUUCUUCAUUUCCGAUUUCCUUCGUCACUUCACCCUUCAAACUAAUAACCGAGAACUGGAGAAGACUUCAGGCCGAAGCGAUGGCUCUCUCGACGCGGCAGAGGCGCCCGCUACCCUCCGAUCCAUCAGCUUCGCCUUCACCUUCGACCUCUUACUCCAAAUGGGAUAAGCCGGCGAGGAGAUCGUCGGCCGGCGGAGCGGCGGAGGACGACAAAGGCUUGGGGUGGCUCAUGCCGUUGUUUGCCCUAGCCCUCCUCCGCUACAUGAGCGCCACCUCCAACAUCAUCCACGACUGCGACGAGGUGUUCAACUACUGGGAGCCCCUACACUAUCUCCUCUACAAAUCUGGCUUCCAGACUUGGGAGUACAGUUCCCAAUUCGCACUCCGGUCAUAUUUGUACAUUAUCUUCCACGAGUUUGUUGGACGACCAGCUUCGCUGUUUUUUGGUGAUGAAAAAGUUAGAGUCUUCUAUGCUGUGCGGUUCUUUCUUGGACUUCUUUCUGCCAUUGCCGAUGCAGUUUUGGUGGUAGCUUUGUCCAGAAAAUAUGGGAAGCGCCUUGCGUCUUAUGCUCUUGCAAUGCUCUGCUUAACCAGUGGUUGUUUCUUUGCAAGCACAAGUUUCUUGCCAAGUUCAUUCGCCAUGUAUGCCAUGUCUCUCUCCUCUGGGCUGCUGCUUCUCGACAAGCCCGCUUUUGCUGUUGGAGUUGCUGCUUCGGGGGUGAUUCUUGGCUGGCCAUUCUCGAUCUUGGCCUUUUUGCCUGUGACAAUCUACUCUUUGGCUAGAAGAUUCAAACAGGCAUUUCUUGCUGGAGCAAUCACUUCUCUGGUUCUCCUCGCACUCUCGCUGUAUGUCGAUUACUGCUACUACGGCAGGUGGGUGUCUUCUGUGUUGAAUCUGUUGCAGUAUAAUGUCCUGGGAGGUGGUGAGAGUCAUUUAUAUGGAACUGAAGGGCCUCUUUUCUAUCUGAGGAAUGGAUUCAACAAUUUCAACUUUUGUUUUGUUCUCGCAUUGCUUUUCCUGGCAAUCUUUCCUUUGGCGAGGAAAAAAUAUUCUCCAGAGCUGCUGGUUGUUGUCUCACCUUUAUAUAUUUGGCUAGGGUUCAUGUCUUGGCAGCCCCACAAGGAAGAAAGAUUUCUUUACCCUGUAUACCCCCUAGUCUGUGUUGCUGCGUCUGCUCUUAUUGAUAGCUUUCCUGAUCUUUUCCGAGACAAAUAUGAUCCACGUGAUGAUUCUCUUCUUGUUUCGGUUUCUAAAUACAUCAGACCUGCUGUUCUCGGCCUCAUAUUAUGUGCCUCCCAUGCUAGAACAUUCUCCUUGAUUCAUGGUUACUCUGCUCCUGUAGAAAUCUACAAGCUCCUGGAACACCAUGAAGAUGCAGGGAUGGGAUCUGUGUUAUGUGUUGGUAGUGAAUGGCACCGCUUCCCUUCUUCUUUUUUCGUCCCUCCUUUCAUUGGUGAGGUGAGGUGGAUUGAUGAUGGGUUUAGGGGUCUGCUACCAUUUCCAUUCAAUUCAACCCUUGGGGGGACUGCAGCCGCACCACCCUACUUCAACGAUAAAAACAAGGCAUCAGAUCAGCAAUAUCUCCAGGAUCUUGAUGUUUGCACUUUUCUCGUGGAGUUGCAGCUUAACCGACCUUACCCUACACGUGGGAGUGAUUUGUCCACAUGGGAGGUCAUAGCGGCGUUGCCUUAUCUAGACAGAGAGCUCUCACCUGCCAAGUACAGGUCCUUUUUCAUUCCAUAUAGGUGGCACGUGAAUAAUGUCUUUGGCAUGUACAAGAUUCUUAAAAGAAUAAGGACUUGAUUCGAGUGGCAGGAAAAGAGAUGGAUGUCUUCGGCAUGGUUCUUGGUUUUUAUUUUUUCGGGACAAGGCCGGACGGUCAUACCUGUUAAGCCCUUCUUACUGACCUCGUAGAUGUGUUGAGAGAGAUAUGUGCCUUACUCUUAGCAGACACAGCGAUUACAACUUAGCACUUCGGACAUGCUUUGUGUGGGGCAUCUUCUUGCAGGGAACCAACAGAGAUUAUUAGACUAGUUCUCUGAUUUUUAUGUGACGUUGAUUGAACCUUCGUCCCUCGUUUGUAUGCAAUUUUCCAUUCCCAUGAA